GUGCAAGCCAGUUUAAAAAAUCACAAGAUUCAAUAGUUAUAAUAAUAUUUUUUCUAUAAAAUGAAAGGCGCGACAAUAUUUGCAAGAAUUUGGCUGACCAUAUUUGCAUUUAACUCGUUUGGCAGAGCAGUAAUUUUUAAAUUUGCUAGCCAACCUGGGUGAAUCGUGCGAUUCCACUGAUCUGUGCGAACCGGAGAGCAGCGUCAUUUGCGAAGAGAACGUUUGCAAAUGCAGGCAGAGAUUCCACGAGGAGAGCGGCCAAUGCGUCGCAGCUCUCGGCAAGGCUUGCUCCAUUGUUGGCGACGAGUGCUCGGCGAUUCCGUACGCCAUGUGCGACGCCGACGACGGUCUCUGCAAAUGCAUCCGAGGGUACAACCCGGUCCGCGGAGACUUUCCCUCGGCCUCGUCCGCAGACAAAAUCCACUGCGCCGCUACGCUGAUCGGCGACCACUGCUUGGAGCCGCAGCAGUGCCGACUGCCCUACAGCCAGUUCGACGGCGACAGGUGCGUCUGCAAACCAGGGUACGUCCCUGACAACAAGGCCCAGGGAUGCCUGCUAAGUGCGUCACACCUCGGUGACAUUUGCGUCAACGGUGCUGUGUCAUGCUCUGGACCCAAACACAACUUGCAAAGGCCCGAAGGAUCCGAAAACGUGCACUUGCAAGAAAAAUUAUUUCAUCGGCGAUGCUUUCGACGAAAAGUGUCUUCCAGAAAGUACGGAGAGCUUUGCCAAUCGCUUGCCGAGUGCACCCUGCGUCUUGGGGUCGACGCGAAAUGUUCGACAACGGAAAAAGUUUGCGUUUGCAUCGAUGGUCUCGUUCCUUCCGUCGACAAAAGCAUUUGUUUGCCAAGGCGAGAUUUGAAUGACUUUUGCGUGCAAGACCAGCAGUGCAGCAAAAACGCGCCGAACUCUGAAUGUGGCGCCGAUUUCAAGUGCAUUUGUGUCGAAGGUUUCGAAGAAGUCCGGGCCAAGUGCUACAAAAUCCCACAGCAAGUCGGCGAUUCGUGCGCCGAUUCGAGCCAAUGCACCUCGCACGUCACCUCGGAAAACAUUGAGUGCAGGGACGGACUGUGCCAGUGCACGCCUGGACACACGCCCAACGCUGAUUUCAACGAAUGCUUGCCAGGGGCGUUCGGCAUCGGCUCGCCGUGCUUGGUGAACGCGCAGUGCACUGAAAACAUGGAGCACACCCUCUGCGACAUCUUCACGCAGCGUUGCGUUUGCAAAAAGGACUUCGUGCCGUCCGCCGACAAUUCACGGUGUUUGCCAAGAACAGGGGGUCUGUACGACCAGUGCGUCGACGCAGGGCAGUGCCUGGCCGAAAUCGGCGGAGAGGUCGACUGCAUCAACGGAGUUUGCAAUUGCAAGGCGAAUUGCCACUUUUUGGACAGCACGUGUUGGCAGAGCAAGCGUUUGCAAGACGCGUGCACGGACAGUCGCGAGUGUCGUUUGGCCGAUUACAAUUCGCAAAGGGCCGAGUGCGACGCGAGCGGCUUCUGCGCCUGCAGAGCCGGCUUCACCACAGAUCUCUUUGCAAACAAGUGCAAUUCUGGUGCACAAAUUGUGGCGAGUUUUGCAAUUCCUGCUCUGGUGCUCGCCUUUCUUCGAAGCCUCACAUGAUUGCAAGAGAAAAAUAAAUGCAUGUAUCAAUUUUUCCAAACAGUGUUUAACUUGAUUCCACAAGCAACAGUGAAACAUUUCUCUCUCAUUGUACUAAACAUUUUUAAAUUAUUUAAUUUUACGCACAAUGUUUUAUUUAUGGAAAAAAUAUUCCCAAUUUUGGGUGUUAUGA